CUGUCGGCACUAAAUGGCGCUGCACACUCUUAAAGCGCUUCCGGUGACUGGGCUAAGCGGAGAGGAAGUGGGGGCCCUGGUGCUGGCGGCGGCUCUAUGUGGAUCACCAGCAGGCUCCUAUCAGGAUAUAAAUACUUUAACUACAAGGCACAAUGGAUGGCGAAGAGAAAACCUACGGUGGCUGUGAAGGGCCAGAUGCCAUGUAUGUGAAGCUGAUUUCCUCUGAUGGUCAUGAGUUUAUUGUGAAGAGAGAGCAUGCCUUGACUUCUGGCACAAUCAAAGCGAUGCUGAGUGGUCCUGGACAAUUUGCAGAAAAUGAAACCAACGAAGUCAAUUUUAGAGAGAUUCCCUCUCAUGUCCUCUCCAAAGUGUGCAUGUACUUCACCUACAAAGUUCGCUACACCAACAGUUCAACGGAAAUCCCAGAAUUCCCCAUUGCCCCGGAGAUAGCACUGGAGCUCCUCAUGGCUGCAAACUUCCUAGAUUGUUAGAGAAGUUAUGGAGUUACAUUACAAGGCUUUGGGUUUUAGGAUCCAUUUGUUUCAAGUUACAUUUUUAGUGUUUGACUUUUUGCCAUAAAAAAUGUUAGUAGUGUGUACUAUGUAUGAUUUGAAAGUUUUUGGUUUUCUUCUAUAGAAUGCUGUAUUUCACUGCAGUAUUUUCUUUUGUCAUGGACAAGAUUAUAAUUUUUGAUAUAAUAAACUAAUGUGAUUGCAUGUUCUGUUUGUGUUAAAAAAACUCAAUCUUUCCUUGUACUGGCUCUGAAAACAACAGGCAUACUUUAAUAGCUGUCGUAAAAGUUGUUUCAUGAUAAAUGCAGAUUACCAGCAAAAGUAGAAGCUAAUAGAUUUUUUGUAUUCUUUUGAACAUGGACCCUCUACAAGGAAAUUGCCAGUGAACUAAUGUACUAAAACUAUUGGUUAGUUUUUUUAAUUAUGACAACAAAGGAUGGUAGUUACUUAA